AUGCUCGACGAUUUGUUUGACAGAGCCUGGAAUUGUUUUAACAAACUCUCCUCGGAGAAGAGCCAUAAAAUGCCGCCGGAUAAAAGCGAGCCCCCUUCAUUGGUCCUCAAGAAGCAUGAGAACAUUGCCGGACUAAUGACCUUGGACCCGGGGACUUUGCCAGACCGGCCGAAGCUCGAUGCCGAGUUUCAGGACUUAUUGGUAAGAUUUUUUCGCAAAUUUGUGAAAUUCAAAUUAGAUUUCAAUGAAAUUGGUACAUAUUUAGAAUAAUGUUUUUUUAAGUCAUAUGCGAGGCUUCUAGGUAGCGCUUCAGAACUUUGCAAAAGAUAUGGCAUUGCGAAUUUUAUUAUGUUAUACCACGGAAAGUUUCAUGCCUAUUUCUAUCGUAAUUUCUAUCGCCGUCACAAGAAAAAUCAUUAUUUUCCGAACAAAACUGGCAGAGAUAUGGCCAAACAGCGUCUUUUUUCCCUGGUCACUCUCCGCGUUUUGUGUGCUCUCUCCGCCGCGAAAAUGAACAUCUCUGAAUAGCAAUUGGAGUACUGUUCUUGUAAACUUAAUUAAACGACAUCUAUAUUUCUUUUCAGGACGAGCUCGAUCUCGGUCCGACCAAAGCCAAAGAGCUCUCCAAUCAGUCGCCGGAGAAGAAAUGGCUGAUGAUAAUGGAGCAGCGGAGUCGGAAACAAAACCACAACGCCGAGUUCUCCCUCGAAUCGACGUUGAGACAAAUCUCCGAAUGGUCUCGACAUUUCCCCGACAAAUACUCCAUCCCGUUGGUGGUGCAACAACUUGAGGCGUUAUCGGUUGCGUUGAGGACAGAAAGUUUUAGUUAUGUCCAAGGAUUUAUUGACAAGGACGGGAUCACUUUACUCAGCGAUUUGUUGGAGAAAUCGAGGAAUUCGUCGGCUGACAGCUUGGGGUUGCCGAUUUUGUCAUGCUUCAAGGCUUUGCUGAAUUCAUCGGUAAGGUUUUUUAGUAAUUAUUCAAAUUUUUGAUGACGCAUAUAUGAAUAUUGCUGAAAAAUUUAAAAUUUUCAUAUAAGUUUUUUUGACAAACAUGGCUUUAAACAUCAACAGAUCGUAUUACACCUUUUUCAACAAAAAAUUUGAAUAUGCAAAUUUUAAAAAAAUCAAAAUUUUAAAAUUUUUCUUACUGAAAAACGCCCCUCUAUAGCCCUAAAAAAUAACUCCACCGCUAUUCACUUCAGAAUUGCCUCCAAACACCUCAAAAAUGUUAUACUAUACAUGCCAAGUAUAAUAUAAAUAAUGUCCUGUUUCGUGUAAUACGAUCCCGACAAAGUAUUUUCAUGUCUAUCGCGGAAAUUUAAAACCCCCAAAAUAUGAAGGGAGCGAUUUUUCGGACACAGCGACCUUGGCCUUUGGCCAUUUCUGGGCCGAAAACAAGGGGGCGGAUGGUCAAAAAAUAGAAAAUUAAUUGGACGAAAAAAUCUUUUUUAGCAGGCGUAAUUUGCUUGUUUUUUGAGAACUUGAAAUUUUUAGUGGACUUUACAAGCCUACGGCACUUAUCAAGGUCGUAUUUUAUGUUUAAAAUUGAUUUUUUAUCGAAAAAAGUUUUUUUUUAUUUCUAAAAAUCCUUUUCCGGUAAAUAAAUCGUCAUCGACUGGUCAAUGAUGCAUUGACGGUCAAGAAAAAAAACUAAUAGCCCUUAGGGGUUUUCACUUGAUCUAGUUUUUUUUUUGAUGGCAUCAUUUCAAUUGCUUUUUUUAGGUAAUCGUUGCAUAAACUUGAAUCGAAAAAAAAUGUUUUUCUGUUUUUGAUUUUUUUACUGUAGCCUCUCUUACGCAAAGUUUUGCUAACAAUUGAUCCAAUAAUAUUUUUCAGGCUGGUCGAAACUGCGUUCUGGAGCGACCGCAGACUUUGCUGGCCAUCGUGGCGUCGUUGGAUUUCCAUAGCCCUCGUUGCCAGGUUGGUUCGAGAAAAAAGGUGCUUUUUUGCUUACUGCUUACUAUUAACCACAUGUAAAUAAUAUAUUUGUUAGCUAAGGAGACAGAAUUGAUUUUUUUAAUAAAAAUGAGAAGCAGUCAAAUCUCUUGUACAACGAAUCGCGGACAAACAAAAAAUUUAUUUGCUAUAUAAGGGUUUUGUUUUACAGAAGCUCAUUUUAGCAUAAAACUGUCUCUUGAAAACUCUGGAAUUGUUGUGUUUGUUAUAUAAAAGUUUUGUUAUAUGGAGGUUCGUUGUACAGAGGUUUCAUCGGCUGUGUUUCUCAAAAAAAUGAAAAAAGUCGAUGACCUCUUCCAUACCAGCAGUUUUUUAUCCUUAUGUAAUACCUUUUGAUACCAAAUCUUGGUUCUUUUUGAUUUUUCACCUUUUUGAUCCGAAUAAUUUACCAAAAUAGAAAAUACUUUUCUUGACGUUUUUUUAGAUUUUAACUAACGGUUUACUAACUAUCCUACUGUCAUUUGCUUAGUUUUAAAAUUAAAAUCAAUUUUUUACUGCUUUCAACGUUUUGCAUCUUAUCCUCUUUUCUUUGGCAUGAUGGUCAAACUGGUAUAAUAAUAUCAUAUUUUCCUUCAAAACCUCAAUUCGAGUAAUUAUUUGCAAAGCCUUUGCGGCUGGUCAUAUUACUAGAAAACCUCUGUACAACACAACCUGUCUACAACAAGAAAUUUUGGAAGUGCCAAAGGUGAAUUCUAGGCCAAAAUAAACCUAUCUACAACAAAGCUCUCCUUUAACGAUUAAAAAUUUUUAUGUCCGUUCCGUUUUUUUGCCAAGAUAUCCCGCAGGACCUUUUUUCACAUAAAAAAUUACGUAUUUUACCCUGAAACUUCUAUCUGAAUUUGAUAAAAUCAAAGUAUUUCUUAUUUUUUUCAAAUUUUAAAUUUCUCAUCUGCCCCAUCACUCAACCCGUUGCAAGUGUUGUCGCUCAGUUAUGUCAGGAGGAUGAUGAGAGCUUGUUUUCCCUUUCUUUGUCCAUCUGUUCCGUCUAAGAGGGGUUUCUCGCGCACAAGAUCGUAAAACCCACAAAUCACCCGGGCCAUGCCCAAUUUGGAAGGGCCCGAUCUUUCGUCCGCGCGCCGCCAAAAGAAGGCGGAAAAUUUACAUAAAUUUUGAGGGUGACAUGUUCGGGUUUGCAACAUGUAAUGGAGAGCGACAAAAAUGGGUGAUUUAAGGGCAUGGAAGAUAGGAAAAAAGAGAGGAUGGCUAGGGUAAAAUUCGAAAAAUUUCUUUUUACAGUUUUUGUCAAAAAUAAAAAAAAUUAACAGCAGACCAUGGAAAUUUCUUAAGCUUUUUGUCUUAUAACCCCUGAUUUUCCCGUUCAACCAGGUUCCCAAAGUUCCCGGUUAUCCACACACGUCUUACAGUCCAUUAUCGUCUAUCCACUUUCCCUUCUCAAAUGUCACCAGCGACAUGAGCAGGAUCAAGCCAUUCGCUUGUUCUUUUCCCUUCCCAACGAUUCGGUUUCGGUCACUCUUCCUCAUUCUCCAUCAUCAUCUCGAGAAGGCAACAUCCCCAAUGUCACCCAGAGCCCCUCCAUUAUGCUGAUUUCAGCGCGUUGCGCAAAAAAACACAAAUCCAUUUGGCGGCGAGAAGUGGAGCGAUCCGUUCAAACAGAUUCCGCGCUCUCGGAACACGAACGUUCAGCCGACGUCUUCAUGAGGAACGGAUCGCCUCUGAAGGACGGUUAUAAACGGGGUCAUUUCAUUGAGCGGAGGUUUGGGAUGUUGUCGGAUGGCUUUAGGGUUUAAAGGCAUUUUUUGGAAGUAUAGGGGUCAAGAUCGGAGAUCCGGGGGCUAAAUAUGUCGUAUUUCCCAGCGCGUUUGCAAAGAUAUAAGCUGGUAGUUACGAAUUGGGACAUUACUGGGUUUACUGAUGUUUUUGAUUUCACAAGGUCGUUUUAUAAGGCCUUAGAGGCUGAAGUAAAAGCUGAGGUGUAAAAUACGCUUCAAUAUCUUUAGUUGCAAAUUUUUUUAGCAAGCCGUCCUCUAGGCUCUAGGGUGUUGCAUUUUGCUUGACUCUAUCCAUCUAACGCUCAAAAAUUCCAUUUUAAAAUACGAUAUGACGUACGCCAUUUUCAGUGUUUAACUGAUCGAUGCAGUUAGAUUUUGCGAAUCUAAUUUGAUUACAGAUCAAGGGCGUGCAAUAAUGGAUUGCAAAUUUUUACGGGAUUUCCAUUUUUUCGGGUCAAAAAUAGUCAAUUAUUUAUAACGGAAGGUCAUUUCGUUUGUUUUUUCCUCGUCCCUCGACCAAAUUACUGCUACUAUUUUCGGCCCUGAGACAGUAAUUUUUCACUGCGAAUAAAGUGGACUUUAAUAAUCGAAUUUUUCUUUCGAAAAGCUAAAAAAAUCAAGAAUACUCUCUCUUCGAAUUUUUCAUUUUUCAUUUACCACAUAACUCAUCCCGCCUCAAAGAAAAAUCCAUCGCCUUAAACGGUCUCAAAUGCCCUCUAAAACCCUCCGAAAUUCCUCCCGAUCCCGAAGCCGUUAAUCGAUCUACGGCAAUGACUUUCGACCUGUCUCCAAGAUCAGAUUUAUUUGUUUAUUUACUCCCAUUAUUCCGUAACUCCAACUGUGAGGCGCUCUGUAAUUAGUAGCCCCAUCGCCUUUGACCUUCACCGAUCAAGAUGACGUUAUAGCGAUCGGUUAUGGAGAGGAAUUUGUGGGCUUUGUAAAAAAUGCAAAUAUUUUUGUUUGGCGGCGCGGGCUUUUGUGGUAUGUUGAUGAGAUAAAUUUGAGUGUGGGAAUUAAUAUAAUAGCAUCUGUUUUGGGAUUUUUAAGUGGUCCAAAAAUAUUUAUCAUUAAUAGGUUUUGUAAAGUUUGGGUUUUACAAAGGCAUUAUGGUAGAAAUCUCUUGAACAUCCCGCAUUUUACGCUGAAGGCCGGUUAUUAUGUGCUGUAUACAUACGUUUAGCCGUUUUUUGUAAGGUGUGGCCUAAAGCCAUGUUUUUCUCUCUGAUCUUCUCUCUUUUUUCACCACGCUCUCGCUCAAUCUUUCAUUGCUUUUUCAGCUGUAAAGAUCGUCGAUUAUCUUGGCAGCCCUUUCAAAGCGUGAGAUCAAUUUUCCAGCAGUUUAGACAUGGCCUACAACACAAAACAACGCUUUAAUUUUUAUGUUCUUUAUUUUUUUAAAAUCUUGUAUCUCUUUCCUGCCACUAAAAUUUUAGAAAGCCAUGCAAUCCCGUAUUUUAGCUUCAAAAUAUUUUUAAUACACCUUUGACAUCUUACCUACAUACCUGCCAUAAAAACGAUGCACGUCAAACUGAGAUAAGCUAAAACAUUCCGGUGAAUGGAUUGGCAAUUUGCCAAAAAAAGACGCGAAAAAACAUUUUGUCGGGGAAGAAAUGGGGAAUUUUUGGGGCGAGAGAGUACGCUUUUGCGUGUAUUUUUUUCUCUCUUUCUCUGGAAAUCAAGACGAAGUGUAAAAAACCCAUAGCGAAGUGUCUAUUCCGGUCACCGGACUCCUCAGUUUGACGUGCGAUGUUUCUAUAAGAGGUUUAUCGCAUGUUUUUCCAAAUUUUGCAAGUAUAAAUCCUCUUCUUAUUGUUCUCAAAUUCCGAAACACGAUAACAACUUGCCGUACCCCUAAAUUUUCCGUGACAGGUUUUAUGACCUCUCGGAAUCUUCGAAGAUUGCACAACCUGUCAUUCCACGUCUCACUUUUGUUUUGACAGCGUAGCAAUAACAUUGCAAUCAGGCUUUAUCAAUUGACGCACGAUUCAUUAAACAGGCUGGCGUGGACGAUCAGAAAUUACAUAGAUUGGUUGAUACAGUAUGAAUUUAUUAUUUAAAAUUUUUCUUGAAAUUUUAAUUUUUUUGUUUUUUUUUGCGCUACUUCUGCUACAGGGUAGGUAAAAAAAUUCUAAUGAAUUCCAGGAAUUUUUGGCUUGCACCUUGCAGAAAUACGCGGUAUUUUUGACUUGAAAAAUGCAAAAAAAAUUUUUUUGAAUAAGUUUUCUCUUCAUUUUAAUUCUUGCAAAAAUCGCUGAAAAUGGAUUUUCCAGAAAUUCAUUUCUUUCAAAAACUCAAUUUUCUUUAAAAAUCUCAAAAAAAAUUUUUUUGUUAAAUCAGAAAAUAAGUCCGCAGUGUAGUCCUUGAAAGCUCAAUCAUCUUUUCCGAAUCGUUUUGUUUUUUUUUUGCAAAACCAUAAAAGAGUCUUAUGCACUCGCCUCUAUAAACAUGUUUGAAUACGUGUUUCUGAACUUUGUAAAUAAAGACUUUUUUUUCGGGCAUACUGUAUUUAUAAAAAAAAAAACUUUUUUGUUUUUUAUCCAAAAAAAUUUUUGUGGUGAAAUUCAAAAUUUUGCUCUCUAAACUUUUUUAUUACGAAACAAUCAAUUCUCAGCCAAAAAAAAAUCUCGGAAAAUAUCACCAUUUACUCCACAAAAAAUUUUUCUCCCCUAAAACACAUGUUCUACAAUCUUAUCAAAGUUUACACAUACUAAUCUGUUACUGAUCAAUCCUUUCCAGUCGACUUGACAAAAACAAAUUUGUUUUUGCAAAUUUUUUAUCGCUUUCCCAAUAUUUCCGCCUACAAUUAACUUGAACUUACGUCACUGGCACCAAUUAAAUUUUCCUUGAGUCUUUCAUUGCCUUUUGCUUGACAAUCAUCAAAUUUGCCUUGAGGCAUAUUCGAAAUUCGUCUGGUCUGCGGCUCUAAAUCCCAUCCGGAACACGCCCGAAUUCCCAGCGUUUGGAGGGGUUUGCAAACUUUUGUGUGGUCGCCGGCUUUUAACGAUGUCAUAACGAAUAAAACACCUUGAUAUAUAGACAAGUAAAUCUUGAAGAAAAGGCUGAAGAAUCGAACGAAUUUUUGAUAUCUUUUUUUUUUGAAGAUAUCUUCUGGCUGAUCUAUUUGGGAGUUUGCCGAAGUUUAUGUCUACUAAUUUACGUUGUAAUAAAAAUGUUUGGAUGGCUGCGCAGGACGUGGCGCAAUGGCUGGUGCCGAAUCAAGGUUUGUUCUUGAGGGAGAAAGUCUUUUUUUAGAAGUUUGAGCUUUUGGGUUACUGUAUUUUUAUUGGAAAUACUGGGAGGCCUAUUUUUAACGCCAAUAAAGCCGCGAUUUUGGUGCGUUGACCUUGUAGAGGACUUUGAUACUUCGAGAUUUUCUUUGCUUUAUGGCCAAAACAACGCGUGAGAUGUAGACAGUGAUGAGAAAAUGCUUCUGGCAAUAUCUCAACUACUAGAAAAGCGCUGAAAACUUUAAGUUUUUCAACAUCUUUUUUCAGCAAAUUCAGGACUUGAAAUGUUGUCGUUUUUGCAAGAUUUGAGCUAAAAGUUUGAUAUAGGUCACUUAUUUUUUCCUUGCGAUCUUAAGUAUAUUACAGCGGGUCUUAAUCUUUCAAAAAAAAAAAUAUUAUAUAUAACAACAUAGCAAUUUCGUGAACCUUUCACUUUUUCAACCUCAAACAUUCAAACACUUUUGCACUUAUGCACCAAACUGCCCUCCAAAAAGGUUGUUUUACAACACAAUAAAACAAAUUUUUCAACCUUUCUUUGUUUUGUUUUUUGCCGACUAACACCCGAUAUGACUAAAACGGAGCAUAAAAAAGAGCGGUCAUUUUGUAAUCCUCCUGUUUUUACGGUCAACCGGGGAUGAAAAGUAAAAUUGUGGGUGAUCGGUAAUAUUCUGAACAAGGGAGAAAGGGAAGAUUAGAUGAGUCUAAUAUUAUCCAUCGCAGGUAAAAGGCGGGGUAAUUGGAAUUUGAUUAUAAGAAAAGGAAAGGUUAUUGAGGAAGUCAUGGGGCUUACAGGUUUAUUGUAUUGUUGAAUGAAGGGAAUAUUGGUGAGGGAAAUUGUGGGAUUUUCUUAAUUUAGUACUGUGAAAACACUAUUAUUGUUUCCAUUCUUUUGGGCCACCCUGUAGAAAAAGUGUACUUUAGAAACUCAUCUUCUAACAAAAAAAAAAUCUCGUUUUUCUUUAAAAUUUAUCUCAAUCUUUCCCAAUUUUCCUUACGAUCUAUGAACUUUCUUGGUUUGCUCUUCUCCCCCCCCCCGUUACAGUACCUCUGCUUUUCAAAACUUCCCGUUCCUUAAUUUCUGAAGUGCUGUCGCCCUAUUGUAAGUCCGGCGGAGAGCCGAAAAGUGAGGCGGCAAAAGCGCUGCCGCAAAAAUCAUAUUAUGCGCGACUUGUUUUCGUUUUUAUUCUUGCUUAAUUGAGUGUUCGGCGUUCGCUUUUACCGGAUGUUAAUGGAAAUGUUGCGGCGUGAAAAGUGAGAGUAUGAGGAUGAGUUGUAGCGGGGAGAAGACGAGGGAGGGAUGAGUCAAAAAACAAAAUCAAAAAGCAACGUUACAGAGUGGACGGUAGCUGAGCAGCGAGCAGGGGAUCAAUUAUUAUAUUGAUAGCUACUGGGAGAAGGGGAAGUGUGCACAAAAUCCUCUGAAGCCUGAAGAAAUUUUAAAAUUUCUUUCUACGACCGUCCCUCCUCAUUUUCCAUAGUCUCUCAACAAAGUUCGUUGAUUUUUGGGCCCGCAAAGCGUCGCCCAGAAUUUUUAAAAUCUGACCCAAGGCCUAUGUAGAGCAUGUAACGUAAAUUUAAAGUUAAUCCAAAUUUUUUACUUGGAAAAAGGUCAUUUUUUUACAAUUUUACACUAAUAAUUUUUUUACAUUUUUUCAAAUAUUUUAUCUAUCACUUCCAAAUUCCCUCUCUCUCUAACAAUUUUGAUGUCUAAUCCCACAAUUUACAUCAGUUUCUCAACUAUUGCAUGUUUCCCAUAGACAUCAAUGGCUUACUUAAUAUCAGAUAUAACAGAAAAAACAAAAGGUCUACCUUUUUCACUUUUUGCUUCCUUACAACAUAAAUAUGUCACCUUAAAUUUGUCGUCAAAGGGAUUUGCGACACGCUUCCGAAGACUUGUCGCUCUGAUUUAUUCCAUGUUUUGUUUUAUGAAAAUUUACGACUAAAAAAGACAAAAAGUGAAACUUUGAAAAGGUAAAAAGUAUAAAAGGCAGACGAAUUUUUACGACAUUCCUGGGAGAAAUUUUUGUUUUUAUUUUUUUGGAUUUUGGAUUUUUGCACGGACCUUUUGCGAUAUUGCUUUAGAUAGAAGAGUGGGUCGGAAUUUUUAGUUUAGGAUUUUUUGAUUUUGAAAAAAAAAUUAAGUUUAACUUACAAGCUAAAACGCUCAGAAAUUCAUGUGUCAUCUAUAUCUACCAAAUAUGCAAAUUUGAAAAAGAUAUGAGCAACAAAAAAUUUUUUGGAUACUUUUUGAUCGUUUUUCAACUUUGAAGUUUUCGGUCAGUAAAAAUUUUUUCCAAGUUUUUUACGACCCAAAAGAACACCAAGCCGACUAUUUUUAAGAUUUAUUUGUGGUCAUCUAGACAGUUUCAUGAUUGCUCAAAAGAACGGCCCUUCCAUUUUUGUUUGCACUUUGUGAGUCAACCUGUUUUUAAUCCAAACAAAAAAUACAAGGCUUAUUUAUGACGAGGAAAAAAUUAGAAUUUGAUUGAAUGCUCCAGAUGGCAUGAUUUUUUUGUGGUGGAUAUUAAUUUAGGUAGUACUGUAAGGGCAACAAUAUUGGUUAUAUUUUUUGGGGUAGUGUCGCGCUAAAAAAAUUUGAUCGGUCAAUUGGAAGAGAGGAAUCUGGAAAUUUAAUAAUAGAAACUUUUUGUAAAGUCAUUUUUAUCCGAUCCGUUAAAUCGAGAGCUCAAUUUUUUUAGGCGAACGGUAGAGAAAACAAUUUACAGGGGAAGUACUCCAAGUGCGACGCUCACAUUUUCUUUAAAUUUUGCACACACGUCGGGUAUGGGCUAAAUAUCAAUUCCUGAAAGUUUUAGCUCACGCUUUGCAGGCGCCGCCGAGAUAUUGAACGAUUUUUGCCGCCGAGAGAGCACUCUAAAUGUGGAGAGAUGUCAGAGAGAAAAACUUUGGCAGAUUUGUGCGGAAAAAUGUGAUUUUUUGUAGAAACAUUAUUCUUUACGGUAUAAAUAGGCAUGAAACUUUGCGUGCCGAAAUUCGGCAAAAAGUCCUAAAUUUUCGCCGACUUUCGAUCUAAAAAUCUCGGUUGUUUCUGCAUAGCGCGAGCUAGGAUUCUCGCAUAUAUCUUAGAAAAAAUUAUUCUAAAUGUGUACCAAGUUUCAUCAAAAUCUGAGCGUAGCACUUGGAGUACUUCCCCUUUUAGGUAGAGUUUGAAAGGCAUGGAUUUGAUAACACUUGAUCAGUUUGGUAUAUUGCUUACAAAAAAUUCAUUUUUUUCACAACCUUAGCAUGGUCAUUGACAAAAACGUCUCUCGUCCUCACCGUCUCUACCAAGUCUCUGAUCUGCAGGCCUCAUUAAAUGCUAAGCAUGAGCUAAAUUUUUUACUUUGACUAUUUGGAAAAUGUAUACAAAAUCUGAAGGAAAUCAGAGAUUUGAACAUUCUAGACAUCCUACUUUGAUUUCUAACCCAUCAAACGUCAUUUCCUCCUAUUUAUUUGCCAUUUCGUAAAGUUGACCCUCUAAAUGUUUACCCUGCAUAAUCUUGACCCCAUGUGAAGUGUCCAUCAUCACCCCCCAAAACUCCCUGUAAAGAGUUGCAAAACCAACAACCUACAAGCUUGAUCCUCUUAUCAUUCGUUGCUAACACCUUGCCGACCCCCAUAAUUCUCCGGGUACACACAACGUUUACCUUCAACGGAACACAUCCCUGUUCUUGCAGCGCUUAUCAGCGCGGUCUUAACCCCGCUUAGCCCUGUGUUAUGAGGCGCCAGAGAACUUUUUUCUUGGAGAUGGUACUCACUUUGGGAUGUGGCGCCAUUUUUUGCAACAGUUCCCCAUUGAGUGUCAGGAAAGGUGGUCGAAUUCGGAGAAGGGAUUGAUAGAUUAAUUUUUUUGGCUAGUCGAGGAAGGGGUUGGAAUUUAGUUGACUAAUGAUUUAUUACUUGAUUGUCGAGAAGUCGACUCUUAGCGCAAGAAAUGUUGAGCGGCCAAAAGAUACGAUUUUUUUGCAUUGAUUAUAAAAUCACGUUGAUCAACCUUUCUUUGGCCAAAAAUUUCAAAAAAUUGAUUUCUCGCGUGAAAACUUCUAUGUUAUUUUGAAAUCUUGCUUGUCUAUUCUAGCUCGCCUCAAAAUUUUAUAAGAAUUCCAUUUCUAACCGCGUCAAUCUCAUAACUUUAUUUUACUCUUUGGACGAUCUGCAGCUCCCUCAUCUUUGGUCCCUAUGAACUUCCAGAGUUCCUUCCUCAAUUUUCACAAACAAUUCUAAUCGAAUUACCCCUCAUAAUACCCUCAUACCACUCAAUAUUGACACAGUAUACGUGAUAAACUCCUUGGGCAAUGUUUACAAUCCAAAACGUUUUUCGGUCUACCAAUUUUGGUAUUUCAAAAUGCAUAAGCAUACCUUAUGUCAUGCAGAAAAUAAAGCGUCUGGAAAAAACUUUUUUGCGGAGAAAAGGGAGUUUUGAGGGAGUUCCGAAAAAGUUCCCUACGAGAUUUAUUUCGAAAUAUUUUGGAAACCGGGGGAGCUUUAUAAGCUUUAUAUAACGGGAACAUGUGCGUGUUGGGCGGAUAAUUAGCGGUAAAAUAUUUUUUUAUUGUCAGAGAAGGCACUAUGCAAGAUCCAGAAAAAAUUUUCGCACAUUGCAGGGGAUUUUUGAAUAAAACAAUUUUUUUGUGUUAGGCAAAAUUUUGGCAAAAAAAAUUGCAUUGUAAAAUACGACUGCCCAAUUUUUUUUGGUGACUAACAUUUGAUUUUUGCGAUACUGUUUGGAAUAAAAAAAAAAUAUUUUUUUGCUCUAUUUUUGUUGCACACAGCAAUUUUGAUCUCUAAAAGAUGAUUUUAAAAUACGACGGGUGUACGAAAAAGUUCAGUAAGAAAAUUGCGCAUUUUUAUGCCCCGGGCGACUUUUUUUCAAAAAAUUUAAAAGCGCAACGCCAAAAAAGAUAAAUCUUAAAAAAACUGUGUUUGCCACUCCUUAGAAAUAUGAAUAUACAUAAUUCUGCAGUGUUCUACAAAUCCCAACACACACUAUUAUUUAUCUUUCAACCAUUUUUCUACCCUCCAUCCAACGAAAAAUUGCGUAAUUUCGCUUACAAAACUGUCAACUUUGUAUUAACUCUAUUGUAUCAAACCCCCCGCUUUCCAACGAUUUCUAACGUGAUCCUAAUUAGGAGAGGUGCUAAUGCGCGAGGAAGCGGACCGGAGAGGCGAUGAGUCGCCCCGGAUUAGCGCCUUCUUUUGUUUGCGUCUUUUCGUUUGACUCAUCUCCAUUAGGCGUGGGAUUUGUAAAUUCCAUUGGUAUCUUGACUGAUAAUGGCGUCGCCUACGUAAUCAGAACUUACCAUUGUUCCUUGCAAAAACUUUUUGGGUAUAUUUUUCGAGAUGUGUUUUGGAAAAAUUUGAUUUUUGUAAGAAUGAUGACAAUUAUCUAAUUUUCGAAAUUUUCAUGUUGCAGCCUUUAGACUUCCCUCAUAUUUUGUGAAAAUAAUCUCUAUCUUGGUCACAGUUUCAUUAUUGAGAAUUUGGGGGGUAAAAUUUUAGCUUGCGCUUUGCAGGCGCAGCUGAGGUAUCCAACGACCUUUGCGGAUAAAAGAUUAUGAAAAAUUAGGAUAGACGGCUAGAGAAUUGUAACUUGAGGUCUCAUUGAACACUUCAAAUAAUCACUACCUCUUCUGGUCUCUCUAAAAUACGUGCUGCUUUAUUUUCAGCAAUAUAAGAUGACCAAAAAUAGAUAAAAUUUCAAAAUCAACCUUCUACUAGCCUUUCGGGAAAGUCACCGGACUGAAAGCGGCGACAAGGACUGUGUGAAAACAAAAGUUUUUUGCAUGUGCAAUUUCUUGAUUUUUAUACCGUGCAAUAGGCUUUUUUCGGCUGUCUCUCUGACAUUUUUUGCACAGUGCUCAGCUGAGGUAUCCAACGACCUUUGCGGAUAAAAGAUUAUGAAAAAUUAGGAUAGACGGCUAGAGAAUUGUAACUUGAGGUCUCAUUGAACACUUCAAAUAAUCACUACCUCUUCUGGUCUCUCUAAAAUACGUGCUGCUUUAUUUUCAGCAAUAUAAGAUGACCAAAAAUGGAUAAAAUUUCAAAAUCAACCUUCUACUAGCCUUUCGGGAAAGUCACCGGACUGAAAGCGGCGACAAGGACUGUGUGAAAACAAAAGUUUUUUGCAUGUGCAAUUUCUUGAUUUUUAUACCGUGCAAUAGGCUUUUUUCGGCUGUCUCUCUGACAUUUUUUGCACAGUGCUAACAUCAAAAAUCAGUGACUUUCCUGAAAGGCUAGUAAAUAUUUCAUUGCUACCUCUCUAAAAUAUUGCUUUCCCCUGCAAACGCAUUACAACAUAGCUAACCAUAUAUUUAACACAUUUUUUCAACUAUAUAAAAUUUCCAAUUUUUUAAUCCCUCUUCUUUCAGCUGUUCGCAUUGGAAAUCCUGGCCGGCCUCUGUUUAGCGGCGGAUGGCGGGCAUUCCGCCGUCCUCAAGGCCUUCACCGAUGCAACUCCACUGCUCGGCGAACGAACCCGAUUCCAGAAAUUGGUCGAUGAACUGCAUCGACAACACGGACAGGCCAGAGAUACUGAACGGGUCCGAGUGGCAUUAAUGUCAUUGAUUAAUGCGUUGUUAAAGAGUGGACCGGCUGAGGUGGGUUUUGAGAUUUUUUUUGAUUUUUAAGAUUUUUUGGGGGUGUUUUUUUUAUUGUUGCGUGGUAAAAAUCGUUCUCGGAGGAUAGGUUACCCCUAACAAAUAGGUUACCCCAGCGGAUAGGUUACCCCACCGGAUAGGUUACCCCAAGUUUCGGAUAGGUAACCUCGGAGGAUAGGUUACCCCACGGAUAGGUUACCUCGGAGGAUAGGUUACCCCGAGGAUAGGUUACCUGAAAAAAAAAAUUUUUUUUGAAAUGUUUUCGCUUCGGGACUUGGAAAAAAAGGAUUUUUUGUGAAAUUUGAAAAAAUUUUGAAAUGUUUUCGCUUCGGGAGUUGGAAAAAAAGGAUUUUUUGUGAAAUUUGAAAAAAUUUUGAAAUGUUUUCGCUUCGGGAGUUGAAAAAAAGGAUUUUUUGUGAAAUUUGAAAAAAAUUUGAAGUGUUUUCGCUUCGGGACUGGGAAAAAAAGAAUUUUUUGGAAAACUCAACAAAAUAUUUUAAUCUUUUCGCAUCGGAAGUAAAAAAAAUUGUGUGUGAAUGAAUAUUAACUUUGGUGCCGCCAGCACUAAAAUUUUGUCUAAAACCAAUGGUACCACCUGGUACUAUAUAGUACCACGUGUAUUUGGGCUCUACUAAGCACCAAACCAUCACCAUUACUGCCUUACGGCCAAAUUUUCACUUCUCACAAAACAGUACCAGUUGGUACUAUAUAGUACCAAGUGUUAAAACGUGUUUUUGGGUUCUACUAAGCACCAAACCAUCACCAUUACCGCCUUACGGCCAAAUUUGCACCUCGUACUAAAUAGUACCAGUUAGUACUAUUUAGUACCAAGUGUUAAAAAUGUGUUUUUUAAGCAGUACUAGGCACCAAAACAACACCAUUAACGUCUAAAAGUGUUAUAAGUCGAAAAAAUUUCAAAAAGAAUCCCUAAAGGUAGUAAAGUAACAGAAACCCAGUUUUCAUAUUCAGUCAGUUCAUACUCAGUCAGCUCGAAAAAAUUUCAAAUUUUAUUCAAAUUUCACAAAAAAUCCUUUUUUUCCAAGUCCCGAAGCGAAAACAUUUAAAAAAUUUCUCAAUUUUCACAAAAAAUCCUUCUUUUUACACUCCCGAAGCGAAAACAUUUCAAAGAAAACAUUUUUUUUCUUUUUUUGGUAAGGGGUAACAUAUCCGUGGAGUAACCUAUCCGGUGGGGUAACCUAUCCGUGGGGUAACCUAUCCGGUGGGGUAACAUAUCCUCCGAGUUAUGUGUUUUUUGGGGUAACACGUCAAAACAAUUCUUUCAGAAAAUUGAAAAAACAAGGAAUCUCGGAUCAUUGAUUUUUUUGCGAAGUGCCACAGAAUUAUCGAGCUUGAAGAAUUAUUUUCCUCUUCGAAAAAACAUUUUUCUCGAAAUCCUCUGGGAAAGUUUUCUUUUGUGACUCGAUAAUUCAGCGACAUUUCGUAAAAAAUCAAUGAUCCGAGGUUCCUUGUUUUUUCACUUUUUCUUUGACGUGGGUAACCUAUCCGGUGGGUAACCUAUCCUCGGGGUAACCUAUCCUCCCCAAAUCGGUAAAAAUAGUUAUAAAGAUUUUUUAUGUGGAAAAAUCAAAAUUUAAAAAAAUAAAAAAAAUAGUGAAAAAAAGUUUCUUUUUUUGUAAAUUUUUUUCAUCGCCAUUUGAAACAAGAAAAUAAAAAAAUCUUCCGGAGAUGCAAAAAAAUAUUUUUUUUACUUUUUUUUCUUUUUUUAAUUUUUAAGAUUUUUUUAAUUUUAACUGUGACACACGCAAUUUUGGGAGUCAAAAAAGGCCAAGAUUUCAAACAUUCUAAAAAAAAUAUUUUUCAGACUUUUAAAAAAUUGAAAAUCCAAAAAUCUAAAAAAAAGUCGCACAGUAUGCCUUCAAUUUUUUCCCUCUAAACUCCCAUUAGAACCACUCCUCUGAAGCUAUUGUUCUGUCAGAAGCACGACAUAACACAUGGAAAAUCAGUAGGCAUAACCUGGUAAUUAUUAAUAUGGUAAUGGAAAUGCUUUCUAAUGGUGGAGUCUCAGCCAUUAUGCUCGGAGGAACCGAGAAUUUUCUUUUUGCAUGUUUCGGUUGCAUAAAACAUGGCGAACCAAAGAUUUUACGAAACUUUUUUUUAAAUUCUUGGGAGAGAAAAAUUUUUUUGAAGCUUCAUUUGGAAGCCAAAAAUUAUUUUUUGGAGCUAAAAAAAAUUUUUUUUGUUACUUCGAGCCUAAAAAAUCUAUUAAAAUUUUUCAAAGUUUUUUAUUAAUUUUACAUUUUUUUCUAUUUUUUCAAAAUUUUUUUUAAUGUCCCCGUUUUUUUCCCAAUCUCCGAUAUCAGAAUGUAAAAUCAGGUUGUAACUCGAGUAGAGGUCGGAUUACAUCUUACCUGUUCGCGAACGAAUCUGUUUCGAAUCUGGUCGUUUGGGGGAUUGAGUUACGCCCAUAAGGCCCCGAUUCCCAAGGUAUGCGAAGAAUUCUUGUCUCAACUGCGCUUCUGGCCGCAGGCCAAAUGCAGCCGACAAAUUUUUGGUCAACUCUGACGCGCUUUUUAAUUCGAAUUUUGAGGGAAUUUGAAGAGAAACUGUUGCACUGUGCGAAAUUUUGAUUUCAUUUUUUUGCACUGUGCAAAGUUGGGCCAAAAAUUGUAAAUCGCAUGUGCAGUAAAGAACCUCAUUUUCAUUGCACUGUGCAAUAUUUUAUUUUCAACUCUUGCACUGUGCAAUCAAUUUUUUUAGCGAUAAGAAAGAACUGCACUGUGCAAAAGAAUUUCAAUUCUUUUUUGCACUGUGCAGUCACAAUCCAAAAAUUUGCACUGUGCAAAAGUUGAAAAUGCAUUGCACUGUGCAGAAAAGAGAUGUCGCAAAACCUCAUCCAGAGACUUUCUUCAUUCGAUUUUCAUUGCACAGUGAACAAUCAAUUCCUCUUCAUUCGCACAGUGCAGCCAAACGCAUUCGUUAAAAAUGCACGGUGCGAAAAAGGGUUUGUCGCGCGUUUCGUCGCGAGAUGUCGCAGAAACUCUUCGCACAGUGCAGUUCUUCUCUUUUGAAAUUCUUUGCACAGUGCGGAAUUCGUUUCUUUUUUGUUGCACUGUGCAGUUGGAGAAACGUUUUCCAAAAAUUUCGCAGAUCGCCUUCUUGCCUCAUUGCGCAACUGAAACUCCAAAAACAAGCAAAAAUAACUGUUUUAUGGACAGUUCCAACCAUUUACAUUCCUUUAAUCGCCCGUUUCCCCCAUUUCCCAGCGGCGAUUCGGACCGGAAACCGGCACAGUCGCGCGAAUCGUUUCGUCGAAAUUAUUUUACGAUUUCAAUCCAAAAACAGUGGGUUUAAGCCGUGAUAAAUCGCUGCAAAAAACGUUCCGCACUUUUGUUUUCGUCUCCCCACCAAAAAGCACAUCGAGAAAUCCCGAGAAAAGGGCAUUGGAACGCCGGAUGGGCGCGAAAAUCCGGGAAGAUGUUCGAUGCCUUCGUUGCGCACUGCAUUCUGGAGAUUGUUUUCGGCGGAUCUCGGGGCUUUGCGCCAUUUUUUGAGGGGAUUUUGAGGAGUAAUCAGCGGGAAUUUGACGGAUUUGGCGGGGUCUUCUGAGAAAUGACAAUGUGGAGAGUUGGAGAGGAUGUAGCAGGGAAAUUAGGAUUGAACUCACCUUAUUCUUUGUCGACCAAGAUAUUUUCGCGAUUUGGAUAUUAAAAAUUAUUAAAAAAUCUCAAAAUUUCGAAAUGUUUUGGUCCCACCACGAAACCCUGAGACUACCCAAAAUGGUCUCGAAAUACGUUUUAUGGCUUUUGGCUGCUACUGGCAUCUAUUUCAUAAGCUUUUUUAUUCAAAUUAUCCACUUCACCACAGCCGGGUCCGAGUCCCACCACGAAAACAAAAAAUGCCAAUAAAUUCUCGGAAAUUCCAAAUUUGCGACAAAUUUCACUUGAUUUCUCGAUUCCUUUACCUCAAACAGCAUGGUAAAAAUUUUUUCGCGGAUUUCAAGGGCUUUUUGAACGUUCAAAUUCGCGAUCUUCGAAGAACAAAUAGGAUAAUGACGUCGACGAGCAAAUAAACCGCUUUUUGGUGCUUUUUCGGUAUUCUUGUGGUGGGGAACGUGAUUCCGAGAACGAUGAUGCUUCCUACGUGAUUUAUGUGGGUUCGGGAUGGUUGAUCUGGGCUGAUCUUGAAGGUUUUCAGGAGUUUUGAAGAUUUUUCAUAUUGUUUUAGAUGGUGAUGGAAAUUUUGAGGGAAAUAUAGGAAAUUUUGGUUGUAUUCUGGCGGAAGGUAUUUCGUAUCUUGGCGUAAGGUGUUCUGUCAUGUUUUUAAUUGUGUUUUAAUGGUUCUAAGGGGCGUCAUUGGGAUUGUGAUCAAUUUUGGAGAUUUUAGGUAUAAUUAAAGUUUUCUGGUGUAUUUCGUCUAGAUUCUUGGUGUUGCAGAUGAUUUUGAGGUUUUUUGAGGUGCACUCUUCGAUUCACUGUCAGUUUUUUUCAAAAAAAAAUCCGUUUUUUAACGACAAUUUUCAAUUUUUCAUUAGGCAUCAAGUGUAAUAUAAAAUUUUAUCCAAGGGGUUAACAUAGCUUUUCUUUCGGAUUUAAAAAUGCUUUUUACAAAAAUAAAAUACGCUAUUUCCAACUGCCGCAUGUUUUGAAUCUAAUUUCGUCCUAUUUUCGGUCAAUUUUGGGCAUUUCCUUUUAUAGUUACUCUUGAUGGCCUCCGGAAGCAAUCUCAUGAUAUUGCCUAGACUAUUUUGGAUGAAAAAUUAAAAUUAGGCCGUUCGAAAGAGAUUUCUUGGCAUUCUUUGAAUUUUCCAGACAAAUUGGGGGAAAUUAGAAUGGGCUUUGAGUCACGGAUAUUUGAUAAAUUACGAUGGGUAAUUUGAGACGCUUGGCGGAAUUAGUGUUCAUUGGUCUACUUCUGAUGCCACGGAAGUAAUUCGGCGAAUUUGCUUGGUUUUUGGACCUUAUUUUAGUCGUUAUUUGACAUUCUUCCUCAUGGUGAAUAUAAUGAAUUUGCCAAAAAUUCCUAAGCUCUUCCAAAUCUCGCAGAAUUAUGCAAAUUACUCGCAGCGUAACUUGAUUUAUUUGUUCCUCGGGGACAUAAUCAUUUCUCUGCCAGUUUUUCAGAAUUUCCGCUGGUCACUCGAAGGGGGAAAAGAUUUCCGCAGUAUGCAAAUUUCUGCUUAUUUUUUGAGUUGAGCCUUCAGAGGCUAUGAACUUUUCUUUUUUCUGGGUUUGAAUUGAUUUUGAUAUGAAUUUUGAGGUAAAAUACGGAAAGGGAUGGUACAUGAAUAUUAAACUUUGGGAGUAUAAGGCGUUAUCGGACUUCGUUGCGGCUGCGAGUCUCUCUAAAGGUGUGAAAAAUGAUGUUGUCGCUAAAGAUUAGACUGAUCGGUUUCAUCCUGGAAAUAUCCAGACUUUAAACUGACGAAAAUCUCGUCCUUUUUGAUCUCCUUUAACACACAGACUACUAAAAAUUAACGCGAUUAGACCGAUUCCACCAUAGAUUAUCGGGAUUACGGGUUUCAAGGACAUUUCGAGUUCAUUUUACUCAAUUUUUUACAUUAGCAUAUUAUUUUUGGCCAACGUGAGGCUUGGCCUAAAAUAAUAUCAAAAAUUUCCCCUAGAUUGAGAAUUUGGGCGGUUGUAUUGUGCGUUGCGCAUUCUUCGAUAGCGUCACUUUUGUUUGAAUGUCUCGCUGAAGCACGCGCUAAACCCCUUCAAAUCUGCGAAAUGAACCGUCUAAACUCUUGUUGGAGACGGGUCUCUUUAGCUGCUCCGUUCCUUCCGGUCACUUUUCUUUGCGAAAGGUGCGAAAAGAUAAAAGAAGCGGCGCAUUCAGACGCCCUGGGAAUUUUAUUCAAAUUUCGAAGCGCGAGAAAAAUGGAAUGCGAACAUUUGAGACGGGAAAUUCAAGAGUUCAGAUGACAGGUUCAUCUCCUCCCUCGGGCUGUCUAGCAUUUCUGGGCCGGAAUUUGGAGGAAAAUAUUUGAAUAAAUGGGAGUAGUAGGUGAAAUACGACUGAAUUUAUAGUUUGACAAUACCAAAACACGGCGGAAAAAAGAUUCCUGUCAUAAUCAUGACUAGAAAUAAUUUUUUCCCCACUAAAUCGUUAAACCAUCCACAAGUAAAUUUUUUCAUCAAAUAAGCUAUUUUGAGAUCUUAUCCGUGCAGAGCAACAUGAAUUUAGAUCUCAUUAUAGCUUAUUUGAUGUCAAAUUUACUCAUAGAUUGUGGAUGGUUAGCGACAUUAUGGAAAAAAAUUGUUUCUAGUCAUGAUUAUGACAGGAACCUUUUUUCCGCCGUGUUUUGGUAUUGUUUUAACGAGGAAAGUCCUCAAAGAGUGCAACGGACUGUAGACGUAAACACUGCCCCUUCAGCAACAUCCCGAAAGGGCAACCACCGUUUUCUAAGGGCAUUUUCUUUACAAGGAAAGUACUUUUAUGGGGGCUCCUACUUCUCGACGGGACAUACAUCAAUAAAUCCGAAAAAUUAUGCUGAUCAAGAAUAUAUAAAAAUUAGCUACGCAAUUUUGGGUUUACGGGCCUUGAUUUUUCAACCGUAAAAACCUACAUUGGGCAGCGAAUAUUUACAUAUCCUUGAUCAGCACAAUUUUUCGAAUUUUUUGACAUAUGUCCCGUAAAAAGUAGGAGCCCCCAUAAAAGUACUUUCCUUGUAAGGAAAAUGCCCUUAGAAAACGGUGGUUGCUCUUUCAGGAUGUUGCUGAAAGGACAGUGUUUACGUCUACAGUCCGUUGCACUCUUUGAGGACAUGAUUAUCGUCUCAUCUUUACCCUUAAGACUCUUCUCGAACACUGAAAAAUCGAAGCCCUUAUAAUCGCGCGCUCUUCGCCCCCACCAGAAACACACACUUGAUUUUGUGUACAUUGCGGUCGUAUGCAAAUCAGAAACGGGGAAUUACUCCGCGAUUAGGUAACGCCAAUUAACGCCACAGGCAAAUUAGGAAUUGGUGCUGGGAAAUGAGGAAAAAAUUAAUUUUGUGCGCAUCUUGCAAAUCUUUCUGCGGAAGAUUUUUACGUAAUUGGAAAGGAAACGGUUUAUUACGUGAGGAGCUGCCGACAAACUUCCAGUUGGGUUCUGAAUUUGACUGGGAUUGAGUGGAUUUAUAUAUUGCAGUAGGUAUUGGAUAUAGAUGCGGGUACAUGUGGAAGUCAUGUAUCUUUACUUGGCUUUCAAGGGUAGUUUGAUGGUUCCUAGAAUAGUGUGUGUUGUAGUUUUUUAAGAACGUUUAUUGUGUUAUCCUUCAAAAAACAUAUUGUAGUUGAUGAAAAGGGCGUUUAAAAGAAAGUUAGUGUGUGGUAAUAAUGAUUUAUGGUAUUUUUUAUGCCUGUUACGAUAUGGAAAAUGUUUUUAUAGCCGGAUUGUUUACCAUUCUUGCAAAAAUUAUAUUAUAGUAGGUAAAAAAAUGAUUGUUGACUCAAAGACAGAUAAUAAUUUUGGAUGUUGAUCGAUUUUACAUUCUAUGUGAUAAACUUUUAUGUAGAUUUUUUAUUUUACAGCCUAAAAUUUUAAUUAUCUUAAUUUAUUUCCAGGCGUCCCUAGAAUUCCGCCUCCAUCUACGCUAUGAGCUGCUAAUGCUGGGCAUUGGCGAAGUAAUCGACCGACUCCGCAAUCAACAUGGCCAAGCCCUGGAGGACCAUCUGGACCUGUUCGAAAUGAUGCGUCACGAAGAUGAGCUGGAACUCAGCCAUUCCAGCUGCGCCUCCACCUCCAACGAGUCGAUGGACCUCUCCAUCGAGGUGGAUAACCCUCAGAUCAUUGCGGAACACCUCCAACGAAAGCUGGACAGGACCGUGGCCUACCCGCACUUCCUCAGCAUCCUCCAGCACAUGAUGCUGAUCCCGUCGGACGAACGGAAUCUCCACAUUUGGCGGCUGUUUGACUUGAUACUGCAGCAACUGAGUAUCAAGUCGACGCUGGAAACGAGCAAUGUUUCCGAAUUGGACUCCACUUUUGACAAGAGCUACGAUUUCGAAAUGGACGAAGUUCUCACCAGGCUGAGAACUCAACAUGAAUGCGAAAGGCUGGAGAAGGAAUUGAAUGAUGCCAAGGAGGAGUUGGAUCAGGAAAAGAAGAAAGUGAUGGAACUCGAGAAUCGCUUGAGUGAUUUGCAGGUAAGGAAUUUUCAAAAUUUUUUUGGGGUUUUGGCAAUUAGGUUGGAUAAUUUACUGUAUUUUGUGGAAAUGCGAAGGGUUUUUUUGGUUUUAUGAACUGUCAUGAUAGUGUCAAUGGGCUUGUUAAAAUAAUUUUCAAGUAAUCUCCAAGAACUUUAUCAAUUUCUAACUCAAAGUUGGCAUCUGCUUCUAUCGACAAAAAGUCGCAAAAGAGGUCAAAAUGAGCUCAAAUUUGUGAUCGAAAGGUAUCACAGUGGCUUAAAAAAUUAUUUUGAAGAAUGGUUGUGGCUGGUAUAUCCUCUGAGACGUUUUCGGCUAUGAAAACGGCCUUCCUGGGUAAUCCAAGCCACUUUUUCUUCAAAACCAACGUUUUUUUUCUGUCUCUGUGAUACUUUUCGAUAACAAAUUUGCGCUCUCUUUGACCUCUUUUUCGACCUUGUUUUGUUGACAGAGGCAGAUGCUAAUUUUGAGUUAGAAAUUGAUAAAUUUCUUGGAGGUUACUUGAUAAUUGUUUGAAAAUUAUUUUAGAGAGCUCUGGCUAAAAUUUUAUGCACUUUUUUCCAUUUUUUGCAUUACUAAUUUUUACAUUGUUUUAGGAUGGAAUGUCCCUCUCCUCAUUUUCCCGCACGUCCGAUCUCUCCUCGACAUCCGACCCCCGCCAAUCUCCCACCCCAACAAUAUCAUCGAUAGCGUCGCUGCCUCCAGUAAACCCUCCUCGUCUCAUUCCCCCUCCACCUCCUCCUCCACCCCCGUUCGGCGCCAAUCCUCUGGCCCAGACCGUCAAAAAGAAGGUCCCAAAACCGGUCUCAUCGGUCCGCACCUUCAAUUGGACCAAGCUGGCCAACGAUAAAAUCAAAAACACGGUCUGGGAGAAUGUGAACGAGGAGAAACUUUAUGAUCAGCUCGACUUGACCGACCUUUGCCAACAGUUCGCCGCCACCAAAAAUGAAGCCGAAUCCACUAGCAACACUAUCCACAAAAGAUUCUUCAAACCGGAGACGGUUCAGACCGUUAUCGAGCCACGAAGAGCCCAGAACUGCACAAUUAUGCUGUCCAAGUUGAAACUGAGCCACAAGGAGAUCCGGAAUUCUCUGUUGAGUAUGGAUGAGAAGCAGAAAUUACCAAAGGAUAUGAUAGAACAAAUGCUGAAGUAUAUCCCGACCAAAGAGGAACUCUCCGCCAUACAGGAGACCCUGACGAAACACAAAAGUCCCGCGGUUUUACCCUUGGCUGACCGAUUUUUCUACGAAGUCGGGCAAAUUCAGCGAUACGAACAGAGAUUGCAGUGCCUGCAUACGAUGAGAACUUUCCAGGAAAGAGUCGAAGAGCUGGUUCCCUAUUUGAAUGGUGAGCUUUGGGAUUUUUUGUUAAAACUUUGCCAUUUUCCAGCCGUUUCCAAAGCCUCCACAACAUUGACCUCCUCAAAACGUCUGAAACAAUUCCUCGCCCUCCUUCUCGCCAUUGGAAAUUACCUCAACUUUGGGAAACGCAUGGGAAAUGCCAUGGGAUUCACAAUCGGCUCAAUAAAUCAGGCGUCGAAUGUGCGAAGUUCGUUGAAAGCCGACAGAACAUUGCUUCAUUAUAUUGCGGAGAUUGUCGAAAACAAAUUUCCGGAUUUGUUGAGGAUCAAAAAGGAACUUCAUUGUGUUUAUGAGGCGACGAAAUUCACGUAUGUUGAUUUUUGAUUUGAAAAAUUCGGAAUUUUUGGGGAAAAUUUUUUGAGAUUUUUUGAUUUUUUUAGAAGUGUUCAACAAUUUUAUUGGUUCGUAAAAAAUUUUGGACUAUUUUUCCCACUUUUUAUUUAUGUCCACUUUUUCAUCCCAAAUAUUUUCAGAAAGAACGAAAUGGACCAAGAAAUCAAGUCCCUCCAAACCGCCCUUUGUUUCGUCUCCGCCGAGCUCCGAAUCCAUCAGCAAAAGCUCAUGGACACGAAGAAACAGGCCCUCCUUUCCAACAACAACUCCGAGCCCGAGGAAAAGGCUCCCGAAUUUGAUCCGAACGAGGAUCAGGACCAUGGACAUGAUUCGGGCGUCGAGACUGGAGAAUCCCCAAGAAGACCGAGUCAGCGAUCGAAAAGUGACAAGUUCGUCUCGACGGUUUCAGGGUUUUUGAGGGAAGCCAACAAGGCUUUGAAUGCCCUGGAGGCAGCCCAUGAGGAUACGAAGCAAAAGGUAAAUUUUUUUGGAAAAAACGCAAAAAAAUCGAAAUUUUUGAAAAUUUUUGAGCUUUUUUGGAAAAUUGUGGUGGUGUGGAGGACAUACUGUAAUUUUAGACCGUAUUUUACCUUGAGAUUUUUGUUAGAAUAUCCGUUUUGGGCAAAAAAUGAGAUUUUGUUUCAGUUCGCAGACUGCGCCCGAUUCUUUGCCGAAGACCCAGCCAAAUCGAGCCCAGAUCAAUUCUUCGGAGUUUUCACACGAUUCCUCAAUCAGUUUGGCGACUCUUAUGCCAUGGUCCUGAAGGAACGAGAAGAUCAGGAAAGAGUGAAAAAACAAACAAUCUCCAGAAGCUUGUUCUCAAGAAAAGGUACGAAUUUUAUUGAUUCUUGAAGUUUUUAGGGCAAGUUUUUUGAGGUAACAGAAUUAUAGAAGCUAGCCAAGUCUUUAAGAUAAUUGGCGAAUUGCAUAUGAUUGAAAAUCGCGAUUUUUUUACAAUUUUGCCAUGGAUAAUAUAAUUUUUGUCCGAUUUUUGAAAAUUUUGUUGAUUAGAGAAAGUGCCUCUGAAAUAUAAUAAAAUUCAAUUUUCAGUGAACCGCGGCAAACGCGACGAGAAGAACAAGGACUUUGAGCGUCUGAUCGACGCGCUCCAGACGGGCGAACUCUUUUCGGAGGACCUCAGCCGCCUCCGAAUGUCCGUCCGCCAUCCCAAAAACAAACGCCCUGCUCAACAGCCUGCCAUUGCCUGA